GCCGUGGAGAGUCGCGAGCAAGAGAGCAGCUCAAUUCGUAUCCGUGGUCGGGCAGAGCUGUGGUUCUCGUCCCUCGCGUACAUGUAUCCAUUGCCAUCCUCCAUCACCCGGAUCAGUUCCGUCGUCAUCCCCGUCGUCACCAGCGGCCCAACCAAUCAGUCUCCUCCACCUUCGUUUUUCCAAUUACGCAUCCAUUCUGGGAACUCCGCAACCACCUCCGGCGGACAGGAGCCCGCACGGCCCCCUGAAAUCCUCCUGCCCACAAUUCCAAAGCAACUAACUGCGAGAGACGGACUGUGCCACGCGAAGCACAUCCCUUAAUACGGCCCCUGGCCUGAGAAAGCGAUCCAAGUUCGCCACGUUCCUAUAACAAGAACACCUCAAGUCGCGUCCCAGACUUUAGUACACGUGGUGCCUCCGCAGUAAUCAACAAUGCAGCUGUCAUAGGUCGCGCGGACGAUGCUCGGGAGACACUUUGUUCGCGGCGCGUUUCGCGCCGCCCGUUACCCAACCUUUGGAUGUGGGGAUGCCGUCAUAAGUAGCAGCACAAACAGCGGCUAUCGGGUCGCCUCGUUGCGUUGCGCAGGUGCGCAGGAGCUGUAUCCCUCGAGGACGUUUGCGCGAACGCUCAUCAAUGGCAUCGGUCCGCAAGCGCAAGACCCGGAUCCAAACCCAGUUCCUGGCUCAGAUGCUGCGGGCGAAGGAGAGAACUCGGGGAGCUCGUGGAAGCACACGGCAUGGAAGAUGUUCGAGUCUGCCGCAACGACGGCCGCAUCCAUCAGCAUCCUGGGUCUCGUUGGCUACAGCUACACGUUGUACUACAAACGUCACGUGCUCAAAAAGAUGGAACGCGCUUUCGAGCCUGGCGAUCCCGUGCUAGACAUCAUCGGCCACGGAAAGCGCGCUCUGCCGUCUACGGAUGUUCAUGACGAAACACAAGAGGACGACCAUGAUCACUGGAUCCUGAGACACGAGCAAGAAACGUUUGACAAGAUCAUCAGCGGACAAGACAGAGGGAACUAUCACCUUCUGAUUGGCGAAAAGGGAACUGGAAAAUCUUCCAUGAUUUUGGACAGCAUGUCCAAGAUCAACGGUGAAGGCGUUGCCAUGUUCGAGGCCCAUGCUGACCUCGAGAUCUUUCGACUUCGCCUUGGCAAGGCCCUGGACUUUGAGUUCCACGAGGACAAUGUGGGCAGCCUGUUCUCCAUCCGCGGCCCGCGCGAUGCAGGACCUCUUCUGGACAUCGAACGUGCCUUCAACAAGCUUGACAAGGUGGCCAUCAAGAGGCGCGAAAAGGUUGGACGGCCCCUUGUGCUGAUCAUCAACAGUGUGCAUCUGUUGCGCGACGACGAGGACGGACGUGACAUCCUCGAGCUGAUCCAGCAACGUGCCGAGCAGUGGGCCGCUAGCAACCUGUGCACCGUCAUACUAAACAGCGAUGAUUAUUGGGUCUACGAGCGACUCAAGAACUAUGGGUCCCGCAUGAAGGUUCACCCAAUUCGCGACCUACCCAAAGGUGCUGCCAUCGCCGCGCUCAAGAACUACCGAAAGCGCUACCGAGGAGAGGACCUGGACUACAGCCUGCUAGAAAAGAUCUACGACAAGGUGGGCGGGCGUCUGACGUUCCUGAGCCGUGUCGCGCGCUCGCGCAACAUGCUCGAGACCUGCGAACAGAUCAUGCAGGCGGAGAAGACGUGGUUUCUGAACAAGUGCUGGAUCCUAGGCUCCGAUAUGGAUGACGACGUUAUGGACCAACAAAAGUACGCAUCGGCGGCCAUGGUGCUGGCCAAGGCCCUGGUUGAAAAGGAAAAAGAAAUGGCCGUCAGCUACGAUCCCAAGCUGGGCCACAUACUGCCUGCCAUCCCACUGCACGAGGCGCGCCAGAUCAUGACGCGUGCCGAUUUCAUACAGUCCUACGAUCAUGACAACCUGUUCAGCAUCGAUGCCGACGCCAUGGUGCGCGCAGACAGCGUGCCGAUGAUGAAUGCUUUCCGAGAGAUCUGUGCGCAGGAAGGUUUCGAUCAGUAUCUGCAGGACACUCUGGAUAGGAUCAGCGAUAUUGAGAGUCUAGGACGCACGAGGGAGUUGACGAUUAAAGACCUGUGGAAUGGAGGCAAGUAUAACAUUACGACUAAGGACCGGAAGGGUGUCUUGGAUAAGACGAUCGUGUUUGAGGUAGAGAAAAAGGAAGACGAGGAGGAAAAGGAGGGAUGAAUUGCUGAUAACAUGCACGUCCUCACUCCUCAUUCGUCAUGGUUUGCUUUGUGCCCAGAUGGUUGCGCGUUGAGUUGGAUAGGCUCUUUGCACGCAGUAUUACUGGACUUUUCAUCAACAACAAAAAUCCGUCACUGUAUCAUUAGCACCAGAUCGUAGAGCAGGGUCAGGCUAAACGCCUAGAACACUAUGCGGAAGAGAGUUUCCUUGUGUACAUAUGCUCACUCGGGUAUAUAUGUUUUCGAUCUUCUUUGCGAACAAGCAAAUGAUUGUCUUCAGCAUUGGCAUUCUGCGCAUAGUCUUCACUCUCACCAUUCUGCACUGCUUGCGUUUCAAAGCCUUCCUGUAGAAUUGGUGUCUGAUUAGCAGAGGCUCACUGCUCUAUCGUAGCAUACGCAGCCAAACAGGCAAAUGAAGGGCCCCCGG